AUGGUGUGUCGGGCGGUCCUUAUGCUGCUGCUGCUUGCGAUGAUGCAUGUAGAGCUGAGAGGAGGAGAGGAGGAGAGGGCUGUGAAAGACGAGCUAGAAGAGGACUGGCCUAUCCUCCUGCUGCUGCGACAAAAUGCUGCUUCCUCGGGGAGAGCGAGGGCUGCGAAAGAGCACGAAUCGAGAAGCGGGGAAGCAAGACGAGGAGAUAUUGUCAUGGAGGAGCCAAGAGUUUGGGGAGAGGAGAUAGUGCCGAACGAGGAGCGAACGAGACAUGGUCAGUGGACAAGAGCAGGAUAUGCCAUGCUUCAGAACAAGCUAGACGAGCGCAAGGGUGAUGGAAACGUCAAAGUUGCCAAGAUGUUUCGAGAUGCGAUGAAGUUGAAGGAAAACGGUCGAUGGGACGAAGCCAUCGAUCUGCUUCAAACAUGUCAGGCAGAGGAGGCAGGGGAAGAGGAGUACAUUUCCUGCGCUUUGGGCAUGAUAUUCAGCGAAAGGGGGAGAAACGAAGAAGCAAUGGCAGCAUUGAAGAAGUCGCUGGCAAUCGAACCUGAUUGUCCUGUCUUGCAUUACAACUAUGGUAUUGCCUUGAAGGAUACUGACUUGAACGAAGCUAUCAAACAGCUUGAGAUCUCUGCAAAGCUCAAUCCUUCACCUGAGGCCUUCGGUGCUUUGUGCUCUGCAAAGAUGGAGAAAGAUCCAAAGGUGAAGCUCAACCCUCGACUAGCAAGCUCAUGGCUCGCAAUUGCAGAGGUCAAGGCUGAACUACAAGUCACGAGCUCAAGAGGAGGGGGAGGCGAGCGAAGGGGAGGAAGCGAGAAAGAGCUGAGCAAGGCCGUCAAGGUUGAACUAUGGAAGCUUUCCAAUCAGCUACCUCUGCACUAUUUCCCCGAGCUGGAAGCCAGCCCAUGGCUGGAGGAGGAGAAGUUCGCCUGGAGGGAGCGACUGCUGCUGUCCUACCGCAGCAUGAAGGAGGAGGUGCUUUCCCGCCUGAGGAGAAACACCAAGGAAAGCUUCCUGCACCAGAUCUACUCUUCGAUCCCCAACUUCCGCACGUGUAGGAGGAGGAGCAUCGAUCGUUUUCUCCGAGCGGUAGGAUCCGUCUGA